CGUUUCCUGACGUCCACCAUCCCUCUGCCUCUGCGCCGCACACCCACCUCACAUCGGCCUUCCUUGCUCUAGAGCGCAUCACCCCCACAGCAGCCCUCCGCCUGACCCGCUGCUGCGUGUUGCAGGCUGUCGGCCUUGCGCCCGUCAUGCUGCCUCGUUCCUCUUCGCACUCCUCCUCGCUCGCCUCGGCCUCGCGGCCGCAUCAUGCCAAGAGCAUCUCGCUCUCCGCCUCCUCCUCUCUUCCCCUCCGCGCUCGUCUUUCCGCGCGCAGUCGGCUGACGAACCUGGGCGUGCUGCUCCUGGCCUGCUCGCUGGCCCUCUCGCUGCUGCUGCACCUGCGCGCGCUGCUGCACAGCGGCGCCGUGCCCCUCUUCCGCGGCAUUCCGCCGCCCGGCUUCGGCUCGUGGAGCAGCUUCCAUGGCCUCACGCCCGCCAACUUGGCGCGCAACGUCCCAAAGCCCGCCGACGGCGCAGAGAAGCUAGACCACCUCGUCGUCGUCGUGGGACACGCCGUUUGGGGCGUCGAAAUCGCCGAUGCCGACCCGACGGCGCUGCUCGUCUUUUCCGGCGGCGCCACGCGCGCCACGGCGCUGCAGACGGAGGCCGAGUCCUACUUUGCCCUCGCCGCGGCGUCGGGGAUGAAGCUGCCCGUGCUGCCGGGCUACGACUACUCGCACGCCGCUGCCGGCGCAGUGGUAGCGCCAAAGACGUCAGGCAAAGGCAGCAAAGGCAAAGGCGCCAUCGUCGCCGACGCCGCCGACAUUCUCGGCGUCGGCGUGGUGGGGCAGCAAGCCGCGUCGAACGCGGGCGUGGCGACGACGGCUGCGGGCCUGCAUGGCGUGCGCAUGACGACGGAGAACCAUGCGCUCGACUCGUUUGAGAAUCUCCUCUUUUCCGUGGCGCGCUUUCGCGAGUAUACGGGGCGCUAUCCGCUGCGCAUCAGCGUCGUCGGGUACGGCAUGAAGAAGUCGCGCUUCGAGGAGCUGCAUGCAAAGGCGCUGCGAUGGCCUGUAAAGGCUUUUGUUAGAGGACAGAAGCGCUUCCAUUACAUCGGCAUUGACGAUGAGGGCGACGUGAAGCUGGAGUAUGAGGGAGAGAAGCUCAAGACGUUCCCGAUGUUCGAGCGCGACAUGUAUGGGUGCCACGGUCUUCUUCUCGAGAAGCGGCGGCACCGCAACCCCACGCGGCGCUUCCACCCCUACUUCACCUCUGCGCCCGAGAUGGCCGAUCUCUUGAACUGGUGUCCGCCCGACGGCUCGGGCCUGCAGGGCAUCUUCCGCAACUCGCUGCCGUGGGACUUGCGCGUCACGACGGAUGGCUGGGGACGAGGAGCAAAAGCAUAUCGCGAGGCCCAUCGAGGCGAAGCCUUGCUGCCCGACACUCGCUGGCUCGAGGUGGGGCGCGAGAAGGACUAGCAGUUUUUCCGCUUUGCUGCGCCCCCAAGAGCGAGAUGCGGCGGCGGGGGGGGGG